UCGUUCGCAGAUCGCAGACUCGCAGAGACAGCCCAUUCGCUUAUUAAUCGAUCAUUUCGGGAGUCGCUGUGCGUAAAUUCGCGUUCGAGUUUUGUUGCGACCUCGAGAUAGAUAAUAAAAUAAGAGGCGCCUAGAUACAUUAUCAUCAGGAGAGAUGUAGCUCAAACGCACGUGUACGUUGUUCUUACACAUCUAACGGUGUCCUCGCGAUGUGAGACGUGAAUACCGACAUGCACUUGGCACAUCGACGAUUCGCGCGAUGCCGACUGAAUUAAUAAAAUCGCCGAAGAAAAGGAUUGCCGCACACCGGGACACACCAGAGUUAUGACGAGAUAACAGAUGCAGAAUGAGGCACAGCAGCAGUGGUAACCUAUUCGGUUAUGCGGUCCUCACAUUCACCCUCACUCGCCUCAAGGUACACGCAGAAAGCGGAGUUGCUUGUAAAGAUCAAAGUGGACGUACUUUUGAAAGCGGUAUCUAUUAUACUCCUGGACCUGAACCAUGUACUUUUUGUGUUUGUGAUAAUGGCAAUCCAAAGUGGUGUAAAGCUUUUAUUUGCAAAUUUCUCGAGGAGAAUUGCAAGUCUUUUCGUCGAGGUGAUACCUGUUGCGAAUUCAUUUGCUUGGACGAUACAUUGACGAUAUCUAACGAUAAAAUUGAUGGAGCAGGAACUAACGUAAUAGACGGAAAUGCAAAUUAUGAUAUAGGUUUACGAUCAGUUGCCAGUUUUGUGACAGCAAUAUUUUCUCUGAGUCUGUUAUUUUUUCUGAUACAUCGUCUGCGUCAGCGUAAAAUACAAGUUUGUGUAGCGGGCCGAGAAAACAGGCAACUCGGAGAGGAUCAGAGAAGCUUAAGCAAUAUGGGAUAUUUGGACAGAGGAUUGCCUCAUGGGGUUCCUAUGGAUGACAUAUCUUGCGGAACAGGUUACUCACUGUGGAAGCCACCUGGCAGUAAUUAUUUCCCGCGUGGCGAGGCGCCUCCGCCCUACGAGGAAGCAAUUGCUGCUGCGAGGGCGGAACAGCUACUAUCAAUGAAUCCGCACACACUAUUAUCGAUGAAUUUCUCCGAUAAUUAUAUGCCAAAUAUUAAUAAUCACACAAGCAUGUCGGUCGUCGCGAACGCACAAAACGAAUUAACUGUAAACACGCAAGGAUCAUCCAACGAUAAUCAUAUAAGCACACCUCUGAUGUCUUCGUCGAGCAGAUCGCUUUCUAGUCCUAGCGCAUAUGCAUCUGGCAAUUAUCGAUCGGUAAGUCAAAAUAUCAAUGCGACGUCCACCGUUGGUCUGAAUACUAGCACAUCUACUACGAAUUUCACAAUGGGAACAAACAUGUAUGAGAAUCUACCCAUUUCAUCAAUCAGUACGACUAGUUUCAACCACAGCCAACAUUCUGAGAUGAAUAGCGUUAGUACGCAACAACCACUAUUACCGAUAUCACAUUCUACUAUUCCCAAGAAUUAUCGUCAGCACACGACGAUCUUUCCGCGCCAGAGCGAUGCUGGCGCGUUUACGAUAUCGGCGACUCUAUCUAAUUCAGACAUGUCUUCCCAUCGCACAAUUUCGCGAACGUUAACGUCUCGCAUUACCGGUAGAGCGAAGGACGUUCUGACCGAUUACUCAGCGAAGGACUAUCUCCCCUUAUCACCGAGCAGCGUCGCGGAACCUCAUGAAAGCUCGUCGCAUUCCGUGCAAUUGUCUGCUGUUGCAACUUGCCCGAAUAAUUACAAGAAUGCUACCAAAGAUGUGGACACGUUUUAUACGGAUGAUACUCCAAUAGCAUCAGCGUCUAGUUUAGUAGCGCAAUCCGAAACGUAUAAAGUAAACACGGCAGACGUAUCCGAGAAGACUCGCGAAUACACACCUUCGUUGAGUGCAGCUAACGAGAUGAAUGCGAGCGGCAGCUUUGAAUCAAUGACGUGUACAUGCAGCAUGCAAGCGUUAUCUACUCUGCACGAUGACACAGACGACUAUCGAAGUGAAUGCGAGAAUUGCAAGAGUGCGACUGGUUCUCGUUACUAUCUAGAUAACGAAGACGAGCUAGUCACUUCUCUUCAUGAAACCAUGACAUUACACAGGAGACCGGACGAAGCAACAUCAAAUGCCACACCACAAUAUUAUAGAACUUCACUUACACUGCCGACGAGUACACGCCAACGUACAAGGAUUACCGGGGCCCGUGAAAACUGGUUCAACACUAUGCCAGAAAGUUCUAGCGGGUCUUCGGAUGAAAACUAAGAAUGAAGAAAAUAGAGAAAAAUGUUUAAAUGUGCAAAUAAGAUUAUUAUACAUGCAUACAGAUAUAUAUAUA